CUGCGCAGGCGCACUGUGUCAACAGUUGAUUCACGCGGGUGAUUAUCAUGGUUGUUACUUUUGACGGUAUUACUGAGUCUCCGGUGAAGCUCCGGUCAGUCUCCGGUCAGUCUCCGGUGAAGCUCCGGUCAGUCUCCGGUCAGUCUCCCGUCAGUCUCCGGUGAAGCUCUGGUCAGUCUCCGGUGAAGCUCUGUGAGGCUCCAAACGGUAUUUGCAGUUUAACUAUUAGCGCUUAGCUCUUAGCUGGAGCAGUGAAGUGCUAACUGUUAGCCGCUAACACACAAACACAUCGGCCUGCUGCGGUUUGAGGUUAGCUCUGAGGUUAGCCGGGGAGCUAACUUUAACUUCAUCAUCAAGUAUCACAGAUCCAGGCUGCUCUCCUGACUGAGCAGAGCUGGAAACUAGAAGAAGAAGAAAGAUGGCCCCGGUGUCAGACAGAGGCGGGGUGGUGGGCAGAGGGGCGGAGCUUUCUCUGGACGACUGCCGCUGUCCUGUGUGUCUGGAGAUCUUUAUGGAGCCGGUGACACUGCCCUGCACACACACCUUCUGCAAGGAGUGUUUCCUGGAGUCGGUGGAUAAAACCACGCUGUGCUGCCCGCUCUGCCGGAAGAGAGUUUCCACCUGGGCUCGGCUGCACAGCAGGAAGAACACGCUGGUGGAUCAGAAGCUGUGGACGCAGCUUCAGACCUGCUUCCCUCUGCAGUGUCAGCGCCGCCUCAACGGGCAGGAUGCCGUCGCCGAGGACGACCCGGGAGUCUCAGGUUUUUUUCCCAGAGUCAGUCAGCCUGGAGAGCUCAAGCAGGAAUAUGAGGAUCAGGUCACCAAACUAACGGAGGAGAAACGCGUGCUGGACGAGGAGGAGCGGAGAGCCAGUGAAGAGUUCAUCCAGAGGCUGCUGCAGGAGGAGCAGGAGCUGCUGCAGGAGGAGAGCAGCAGGAGGGAGGACGACGAGAGGGUGGCCCACCUGCUCAGCAGCCAGUUGAACUCUGCUCCCAUCUCUCAGGAGAACGUUGGUCCUGCUGAAGUCACUCCGGUGAAGAAGAAGAAGAAGAAAGAGGUCAGCGGUGGACAGAUGGAGAGGUUCUUGUGUCCUCAAGCAUCUAAUAGCAGCUCAUCAGACCGCAGCUUUAUGUCCAACAAGGAGAACAUCCUCUCUAAGGAGACGCUGCAGGCGGAGGAUUUCUACAGCUCCUCUGUGGAGGAUCAGCUCCAGAGUCGCCUGCCUGCCGAUGCAGGACCUUCAUCAUCCAAAAGGAAGAGCUCAGAGACAACAGAGGACAAGGAGGUGACUGCCCCUAAGCGAGGCUGUCACUCUUUGUCCACCUCAGCGAGCCUCCCCUCCAGGGAGGAGGAGGAGCAGCUGCUGAGCAGAAAGCAGCAGGAGGAGGAGGACUGGCGGCUGGCUCAGCUCCUGCAGAAGGAGCUGGAUCAAGAGGAGCGGCAGAGAGCCACCGACCGACGCAAAGGAUCCUCCGACCCCUACCUGCUGCGCCAGAACAGCAGGGGCAGCGCCAACACCCCCGGCAGAAAGACUUCCACCUCCUCCUCCGCCCCCCCCGGCAGAAAGACUUCCACCUCCUCCUCCGCCCCCCCCGGCAGAAAGAAUUCCACCUCCUCCAGCCCCCCCGGCAGAAAGACUUCCUCCUCCACCCCCCCUGGCAGAGGCAGCAAACAGGCCACCCUAACUGAGAUGUUCAGCCUGAGCAGCUGAGACAUCUGGAGCCUCAGAGAUCGAGAAGCGAAAACACAUUUGAUUUGAAAGUUUCUAAUUUUGUAAAUUUGGUUUAAAUAAAAUCUCUACUGCCAUCAGACUUUAUGGAGAAUCAUCAGAA